ACAGAGUUGCAUUAUGGGCUUUGUUUUGCACGCGCCCGUGUCGUCUGCAUCUGUCAUCUGUGGAACAGCUGAACAGAAAAGAGAAGGAUGGCUACCACAGUUUUACAAAAACCAGCAGAAAAAACGGGAACAUGGGGAGCUAUAUUUCCUAAUGAACAGAUUUCAGAAGUGCAGUCAGCAUUGUUUGUUAAAAAGUUGCUUGCAGUUGCAGUUUCUAAUAUUGCUUAUUUAAGAGCUAUCUUCCCAGAACAUGCAUUUGGAGAUCGUAGUUUAGAGGGACUAAGUUUGAAGAUAUUGAAAGAUGAUGUGUCUUGUCCUGGGGCCAGUCAGGUGAUCAAAUGGGUGAAAGGAUGUUUUGAUGCAUUUGAUAGGAAAUAUCUUCGUAUGCUUAUGAUAGGGCUGUAUGUGGAUCCAGAUAACCCUGAGACUGUUAUUGAAUCAUACACUUUCAAGUUUUCCUAUGUCAAUGAUGGAGGUAUCGAUAUUUACAGAAAUAGUGAGAAAAUAUCUGGAGCCCACACUGAAUCUGAGACGAGAAAGGCCACUAUCAGAUUGUUGAGGACCAUUAUACUGCUUACACAGACACUAGAUUCCCUUCCUGAUGAUGUAAUGAUGACCAUGAAACUUCUCUACUAUGAUGAUGUGACACCAGAAGACUAUGAACCACCAGGUUUCAAAGCUGCAGACAGUGAUAACUUUGUAUUUGAUGAAGAACCUAUGACAAUAAAAGUGGGAGAUGUUAACACAAACUAUCACAGUGUGAAAGUUCGUGUGAAAACGGAUAAGAAACAGUUCACGAUGAGGGAUCCGAACAGUCAAGAACAUCAGAUUACUGAUGCAGAAAUAAACAGUGGUUUAGAUACUGAUAUUAGUAUGGAAGAAAAUAACAGGCAGGUUUCCAAAGACAAAGAAGGGAUAAAGCAUCCUACAUCAGGAAAUAUAUCUAGAAUACAACAGGAGCCUCAGACUAAUGCAAAUAUUCCUGAAGAAUCCCCAGCUAAACCAACUACUCCAGCUGUAGAUGUUGUAGGUUCACAGACAAGUCAAGCUACAGAUCCCGAGGAGUAUAAAGUUAGAUGCCCCUGUGGCUGCAAUGAGGAUGAUGGUUUGAUGGUGAUGUGUGCUAUAUGUAAGUUCUGGCAGCAUGGUGUAUGUUUCCUCAUAGUAGAAGAGGAGGAUGCCCCUGAUCAUCACAUCUGUGAUGUCUGUGCUCAGAUUGGUGAUCCUGACAGAGAACCAACAGAUUUCUAUCUUAGUGAAUUGUCAUCCAUCCAAAUACAGGCAACUUGUUUAUGGAGACGAGCACUCAUUGCUUGUCUGGGAUUAACUAGGGUACUUGCUCCAGUACUAGCCAAGCGACUAGGAACAGAAAUGACAGUUGCACAAGGGUUAAUGAACAGACUAGAUAAAGAGGGAUUUCUCAAAUCUGCUGGCAAAGGGAAAAAACUGGGGAAACUGGUGGACAAAGAGAAAAUAACAAAUGUUGGCAUUCCAAAAUACAUGAAAAAACACGAGAGACAAAAAGAGGCUGAUCAUGAUAAUAAGACGGAAAUGGUUAGUAAAACACAAAAUGAUAAAGAAACAAACAGUAAUCUGAUGGAUACCCAAAGUGAGGUUGACAAAUUAACAGAGAAAACAGAAAGUUUGAAAAUUAACAAAAAAGGAAAAUUAUCAAGAAAGAAAAAGAAUCAAAAUGAGAAAAUUGAAGAGGUUAAAAAAGAAAAUAUAACUUAUGAAGAAAAUAAAGUUCAAGAGGAAAAUGACAAGAAAAGAAAAGGCAGAAAAAGAGCUGUUUCCAAAUCUCAGGAGGACCAAGAGUUUGAGCUAUCUUCAACACAAGAUGUUUUUGAUGAUCCCAAGAAGAGGAAGAAGGCAAGCAUUGUUAGCAAAGACAUUAUGGUUUAAUCAUAACCAUAAAUAAAAUAAACUGGAAGUGAAAUGCUCAGUUUGAUUCUUUUAUUACAUGUCUUGAUUAAAUUCAGGGCACUCAUAUAUUUUGGCCUAAUAGAUUGUGAUCAUUUGAGUAGUUUCAACACUGCAGUAAUUUGAUUGACUUAGAUGACAAAAAUAAUGUUGCCAUGAGACAUCCAUAUACAAAAUGAUUUAGUCACCUUAUUAUGUGUAUAUACUGUAUGCAAGUGUUUCUAAUGUUUCAUAAAGUAGAAAUUGACUUGUAAAAGAGACAAGCUGUAUGUUAAAUCAUACACAGUAGAUAUCAUAAUAUUGAUCAUUGAUUAAGAUUUGUUUUUCGUUUGUUUUCUUAAUGUUGCAAUAACAUGCAGUUGAUUGUACUUGUACCUUUUAGUAGAAAUAGUCAUUGUUAAUUAUUCUUUAUACCAUUAAUUAAAUUAGAUUUUAAGGGUAAUUUGAAUAGGCUUCUUUGUGUAUUUGUUAUGAAGUAACUUGUUAAGGAUUUUUGUUUUUAAAAUGAAGAUAUGUGUACAUUAGCUUUUGCAGUUUACUUUGUACCUUGUUGUGUGUGUUGUAAAUAUCAAAACUUGUUGAAUUUUAAUUAUGAUCCCAGCUGUGAUAUAUUAAUGUUAUGUUUUUGUUAUAAUAUCUGUUGUCAAGGCAAUAAACAUUUGAAUUAUG